GUUCGGUCGAACUCGCCAUGGAAAUUGUCAUGGACUGCGCCCUUUGGGAAGAAAACGCCUGUUGAGGCUACAAACUGCUCCAUGAUCCCCUCGCGCGUCCGCAUCCCCCGCUUCCACCCGCUGCCAGCGACGCACGUCGUGAUUCAGCCGUGCCAGUGACAAUGGGAUGCGACAGUAGACGCCAGCCCCGCGCUUCCUGGGCUGACAGCAGGGCGCGCGCACGCCCAAAUCCCACUUGACGAGCUGUGUAGCACGACGACAAUAAGCCGAGCGCUCCCAUUGUCGUGACACCUUUUCGCGUGCUAUAAAAUCCGUGUGCAACUUUCUCAACCCUCCUCCUUGACGCACGUUGCUAUGCCUUAUAUUUUCCAAGCAGAUUCAGCACGUAUCGAAAAACGUUUGCUUCUCCAGUCUCUACCAGUCGGUGCUAACAAAACGCUGGCAGCGCUGCAAGAAAUCUCACACCACACGAACGCAGUGCUCACCCCAUCUGGUCUCAUCUGUUAAAACACAUCGCGCGAAUCCGCGUCUCACUUUCUUGAAAGAUCUGCUAUCCGCAGGCCCAGACCGUGGCCCUCUUUCACAGUGCUUUUAUUCAAAAUGUCAAACACGACGACGAGGACAGCCACUCAUCCGCCGGCGGCUACAAGUCCAUCGGCGACCAGAAGUCCCCUACAAGGUUUGCCCGACCCGCCGCCAUAUACGCCGCCCAUCCACACCGUCUUCGGAAAUGUUGACGAAGAUGAGGACGAAGAAUCGUCACCGACGACGACGUUCAACGUCCACGUUCCAACAACGAUCCAGGGCUGUGGCAAUAUAAUCGCUCUUCCGCCCCCGGACGUCACGCGAAUCGCAACCGCGUUGCUGGCCACCGUCAACCAGAAGAUUCACAUGACCCGCAGCUUUAACAUCCACGUCAACUGCGGCGUGAACAUCACCGGCGACAAAAACAUUGUCGGCUCGCCCGCAAUACGGCCGCUUGCGGCGAGCCAGCAACAGCAGAAUGCACGGCAACAGCAGGCCCCCUUCACGAGCAGCAACACGCCGACAGCGGCUGUCUGGUCAGGCACCGUGCCGGCAACGCACGGGUUGGGUAAGAGGAAAGCUUCGGAGGAACCGGAGGCUGGUCCUCCAGCAAGGAGGGUGAGUCCUGGAACUCCCGCAUCUUUCGCCAGCCCUUCGCCGAGAUGACGACACAUCCAGCCCUAUCAAAUCGUCAGUUGUUGAUCACUGGCCCCAACACAGAUUCUUUCCCCUAGGUGUAUUCAUGUUAGCUAGGAAGCUUCGGGGAGGUUGCAAUAAAGCUUCCCUUCAAACAAAAUCAUGUGAUCUUAAUUGUAUACCCCAUAUUCUAGGGAUCAGCACUUACUCUCUGCAUACACAUCAUAACUCUACUUCAGGCUAUGGUAGAGAUGAAUCAUGCCCUUUUAUUUAGAGAACAAAAAAUAAAGAAAAAUAGACCUUCUGUGCACUCCAAGAGCAGCAAAAGACAUGGGCACAUCUGACGGAGUCCACAUGACGAAAUGAACAAAGGAGAUGAUCAAUCAUUUGGCACCUCGACCUGAGCGCCUGCGUCCCGUUGUUGGUGUCGCUGCUUCCUUUGCUUCCUUUGCUUUCUUCGGUGCGUUUUGCUCUUCCUUAACG